UGUCUGCAGUGGCUUCCAGAUUGUCACAUUUGAUCAAGAUGAGCAAGAAGAAAAACAGGUCAAGAAAGAAUACAUAUGUACAUUUUGCAUCCUUGUGCCAAAAGGGCAAAGAUACCAUGGAUACAAUUACAAAAAUUGGAAAACUGAAUGUCAAUAUAAAAGGCCCUGAAGGAACAACACCUUUACAUUACGCAUGUGCAGUUGGAAUUGUUAGCAUUGUAAGCUAUCUGUUACAGGAAGUAGUGGACAUUGGUGAGCAAAACAAGAAGGGUGAAACUGGGCUUCAUUUGGCAUGUAUAUAUGGAAACGCAGAAGUUGUUACAAUGUUAUUACAGAACAAGGGAAUAAUUCAUGUGAAAGAUAAUGCUGGCCGCACACCUCUACAUGAUGCAGCCUGGCAGGGGCACAGGGAGGUUGUGGAGGUGUUAUUACAGAACAAGGCAAAUGUUUAUGAGAAAGAUAAGGAAGGCCGCACACCUCUACAUGAUGCAUCCUGGCAGGGACAUAGGGAGGUUGUGGAGGUGUUAAUACAGAACAAGGCAAAUGUGGAUGAGAAACGUCAAGAUGGCAGCACACCUCUGCAUCUUGCAGCCCAUCAGGGACAUCGGGUGGUUGUGGAGGUGUUAUUACAGAACAAGGCAAAUGUGGAUGAGAAAGAUAAGGAAGGCUGCACACCUCUACAUGAUGCAUCCUGGCAGGGACAUAGGGAGGUUGUGGAGGUGUUAAUACAGAACAAGGCAAAUGUGGAUGAGAAACGUGAAGAUGGCAGCACACCUCUGCAUCUUGCAGCCCAUCAGGGACAUAGGGUGGUUGUGGAGGUGUUAAUACAGAACAAGGCAAAUGUGGAUGAGAAAGAUAAGGAAGGCAGCACACCUCUGCAUCUUGCAGCCCAUCAGGGACAUAGGGUGGUUGUGGAGGUGUUAUUACAGAACAAGGCAAAUGUGGAUGAGAAAGAUAAGGAAGGCCGCACACCUCUACAUGAUGCAUCCUGGCAGGGACAUAGGGAGGUUAUGGAGGUGUUAAUACAGAACAAGCCUGGCAGGGACAUAGGGAGGUUAUGGAGGUGUUAA